UCGUCAUUAUUCGCCAAACCAAAAGAAAAAUCUGACAACGUAGGCUUCAAGUGAGAAAAAUCAGUAGAAGUGUAGUUGGUUACAGUUGUCCCGUCAAUGAAGAACCCCAAAUGUAAUCAAAACCUUAUCUAAAUCUCCAUUUCGCCCCUCAAAUCCGUUCUUAAUUACACUCAUUGCCCCUCACCCAAUCUCGUGUCUCUCUCAUCCCCUCUGCUCUUUCCUCACCAUUCAGCUAACUGGCUAGAUGCCGAGGUAAGCUUCGUUGAAGUUGAGCCAACCGAGACUCCAUGUCGUUUUAGAUCUCGUUGUUUUGAUCUGUAUGUAAUCAACCAUGAAUCGAAGCUUUAGGUCUCAAGAAACGCAAAUGCAGGCCGCGAUUUUGAAGCAGAGGCACCAAUUACGCGCUUCAAUGAUGAAGGAGAAAGAAGAAGAACUCUCAUUGUUUCUCGAGAUGCAGAAGCGUGAAAAGGAGCAAAGUAAUCUGCUUCUUAAUAACUCUGAAGAAGAUUUCCAGGCAUCAUUAGGGUCGAAACCAGUAACUUCUCCGAUAUUUAACAUUUCUUCUUCGAACACACCGGCGAGAAAGACUGGUGCUGAUGAUUUUCUUAAUUCUGAUAAUGAUAAAAACGACUAUGACUGGCUUCUAACACCUCCUGGAACUCCUCUCUUCCCUUCUUUGGAGAUGGAAUCACAAAAGACUGUUAUGAGCCAACUUGGUACACUGAAGGCCUGCCCUACUGCCCUGAAAUCCAGACUUGUAAACCCACAGCCAGAAUCUGCUGCAAGGAGUAGCUUAGCGUCUAGACAGCCAGCUUCCUCACCUGGAUUGAGUACAUCAAUCACUGGUAUUCGGAGGCCCUCAUCAUCGGGGGGUCCAGGGUCAAGACCUGGAACCCCAACUGGACACUCCACAUUGACCUCAGCAUCUAAACCUUCAAGAUCUUCAACACCUACAUCUAGGCCCACAUUAUCUUCGACUAAGCCUGCACUUUCCGCUUCUAAGCUGACAGUUUCUGCCACUAAGUCUGCAAUUUCUGCCACUAAGCCCACAAAUUCUGUUACUAGGCCCACAAGUUCCGCUACUAAGCCCACAAGUUCUGCUACUAAGUCCUCAGUUUCUGCAAUUAAGACCACAGUUCUUGCAACUAGGCCUACAGUUCCUGCAAGAUCCUCCACGCCUACAAGGUCCACAUCCCGAUCUUCAACACCUACAAGGUCCACACCCCGAUCUUCAACACCUACAAGGUCCACACCCCGAUCUUCAACACCUACUUCAAGACCCACUAUACCAUAUUCAAAGCCUACAUCAAGGGCAGAAACUCCAACUCGCCGAUCAUCUACACCAUCAAGUGCACCUAGUAUAUCUGCUCCUCUGGUUAAGUCCUCUCCUUCAGUUUCGAAACCUUCUCCCACAACAUCAAGAAAUCUGGCAUCAUCUCGUGGCAGUUCUCCUACAGUAAAAUCCAGACCAUGGAAUCCCUCAAAGAUGCCUGGUUUCUCGCUUGAUGCUCCACCAAAUUUGAGGACUUCAGUACCUGAAAGGCCACUUUCAGCCACUAGGGGUAGGCCUGGUGCACCCAGCCCGCGAUCCUCUUCAGUUGAGCAUGUAUCUAAUGGAAGACCAAGGCGGCAAUCGUGCUCUCCAGCUAGAGGACGAGCCCUCAAUGGCAUUUUGCCCUCAAGUGGGAGCUCUGUUCCUGCAGUCAAUCGUGCAUAUGCUAAAGCUAAUGACAAUGUAAGCCCUGUUGUAAUUGGGACAAAAAUGGUUGAGAGGGUGAUCAAUAUGAGGAAACUGGCGCCUCCCAAGCAAGAUGACAAAAGCUCUCCUCAUAGUAACCUGACGGGGAAGUCUUCAUCUCCAGAGAGCUCAGGCUUUGGAAGAACACUGUCAAAGAAAUCAUUGGAUAUGGCGAUACGGCAUAUGGAUAUAAGGAGAAGCAUCCCUGGUAAUUUAAGGUCAUUAAUGACAAAUAUUCCAGCAUCCUCUAUGUACAGUGUGAGAUCAGCCUCUGUGCUAAGCAGAACAAUUAGUGCGUCGGACUCCCCUCUGGCCACAAGCAGUAAUGCUAGUUCAGAAUUGAGUGUUAACAAUAACGGCCUUUGUGUAAAUGGGGUUGAAAUUGAAGAUGAUAUUGGCAGCGAGAGAGGUGUUCGAUCUCCUGCCAGUGUAUGUGGGAGGUAAUGCUCAAGGCCUACAGUCUAUAUAAAAAUGGCUUUUCAAUCGUCUUAUAUCAUUAUUUCAAAUCUACCAGCUUGACAGUUCAAGGAGAACAGAUUUCUUUUGGAACUGACAGGGUUUAUGAUCUGUGACUAAUGUAAAGUUUUCUUAGGUUGGUCAGAGAGGUUAAGUUUCUGUAAUUCAUGGGCUGUGUAUUAUUAGGAAAGCCAGAUGUAUGCUGAACAAUCCCUUGUGUUCAUUUUCAACACGGUAAGAUGCUGUGAACAGAUCCAUUGAACUGGAUGAUCCUUAUUAUUCAAAGCUAUAUAUAGUAAUUUAUUGAA